AUGUUUUUUUCCGCCGGCAACCUCCAUGGAAACGGCUGGUUUGCUGGCAGGAACCUGGCGGUCUCCCAGGUCACCACCAAGUACUUCCUGUGGGUAGACGAUGACUUCCUGUUUACCAAGUGGACGAAAAUCGAAGAGAUGGUGAAGGUGAUGGAGGCGGUCCCAGAACUGGACGUGCUCGGUGGUAAAGUAGGAGAAGAGCAGUUUUAUUUCUCUCUCAUCUAUGAGGAAGGAGACGAAGAAGGUGGCUGCAUGUACAGGAAGUCCAGAGGGAAGUACCACUCUCUUCCUGGUUACCCACAAUGCUCAUUGGUCAGUGGGGUGAUCAACUUCUUCCUGGCUCGUACCGAUGCCGUACAGAGGGUGGGAUUCGACCCUCAGCUCAAGAGGGUAGCACACUCAGAGUUCUUCAUGGAUGGCCUGGGCUCCUUGAUGGUGGCAACAUGUAGCCAUGUGGCCAUUGGACAUCAGAAAGGACCUAUACAGAAGGGCUACAUGAGGUUCAGAGAACCUGCAAAGAGUGAUGAGACCUCAAAGCUGCAGCUCCACUUCUUUAAAAACCACCUGAAAUGUAUACGCUAUGGAUAGAAGACCACUAGAGCAGGGGUUCCCAAACGUUUUUGUUUUUGCCGACCACUAUUUAUUAUCAAGGAUUUUCGUGGACCACCUCAUAUGCAAACCGUAAAAAUAAGUACAUAUAUAAACGUAGUGCUAAAACGCAGAUAUUUUAUUUUAGUUAAUUAUAGACAAUCAAAGUCAAUUGAAGCCUAUCUGAUACUUUUGUCGCUCGUGUGACAGGUGUCUGUCUGCGUUGUGUAUGUUUCUCAAAGAGGAUGGCGGACGACGUCUUUCUUUCUUUUGGUCCUUGACCAUAUAUUGAAAUCUGUAGCAUACAAUCAUACAACACAACAGCUGCAUCAGCGAACAUGAACUGCAGCA